AUGCAUCUAUCUAUCCCUUUCUUAUUUCUUUCUUUCUUAUUCUCUCUAAAUCUUCCUGCCCACCCUUUCUUUAUCACUCACUCUCUAUCUCGCUUCUACCUCUCCCUCUCUCCGUCUCUAUCUCUUUCUUUCUUUCUUUCUUUCUUUCUUUCUUUUCUCUUUCUUUUUUUCCAUUUUUCUUUCUUUUUUUUCUCUCUUCUUUAUUCUUAUCCUAAAUCUUCCUUGCCAAACUCGCUUUCUUUAUCAUCCAUUUUCUCCUUACUGUCUCUCCUAUUCUUAUCUUUCUUUCUUUCUUUUCCCUUUUCUUUCUUUCUUUCCCUUCCUUAUUCUCUCUAUUUUCCCCCACACCAUUUUCUCUUUUUAUCCUUCACUCCUCCCCUUUUCUUUUUUCUAUUUCCUCUCUUUAUCCUUUUUUCCUUUCUCUCUCUCCUUCUCCUCCUCCUCCUCUCUCUCUUUCGGACUUACUCUCCAGUUGCACUCAAAACCAAUUCCUCUCUCUCUGUCACUUCUGUCUUCUCUCUCACUCACCCUGUUGACAUUCAAAUCCAUUUCUCUCCUCAACUCUUUCACAAUGGUCUUUUUUUUUUAACAGCUUUUCCAAAACAAAACUCCACCGCCCACCCACCGCUGAAAAGCAAACGACGUCGACGCAAAUGGAACCAAGACGCAACAAGAACCAAUGGGAAAGGGUGCCAAUCUACGAUAACAUUAAAAAAAGGCGGGAAAUCCACAUAUCUGUUUUGUUCGACAAUUCGUAAGAUUUUUGCUUUUCUUUUUUUUAACUCUCUCCCUCUCUCUCUCCCUCUCUCUCUCUCUCUCUCUCUCUCUCUCUCGCUCGCUCGGGUGUGCGUUUGA